UACGUACGUGCGUACAACGGUACAAAGUACAGCUCUCGUGAGCAGGAUGGGAUGGGUGGUGGAGUCAGUCGCCGUCCCGUCUUAAAAAAAAGGCAGCGCCUUUUUUUUCACCGCUCUCUAAAUUGUUCUCCAACCGGUGGCCAUUCUUUCUGGGGAUCAUAUAAGCGUGGGCGGUUCUUUUCUUCCGAGACACUCACUCGUCCAGACCACCCGCGACAGCGCCCACCGCUCACCCACCAAGCAAAGGAACACACGCGCAACGACCGCCCCCGCGCGCGCGGUGGUGACCAUGGACGCGCCGAGCGCCACCGCCAAGCGCAAGCGCUCCUCCCCCGCCCCGGCCCCCGUCGGCGUCGACGACGUGUCGGACGCCGAGGUCGAGGAGUUCUACGCCAUCCUGCGCCGCAUGCGCGAUGCCUCGCGCCGGCUCGUCUCGGGCGGGGUCGCCGCGGCCACGGCCCGCGCCGCCCCGGCCCCGCGCGCGCCCGCCUGGUGCCCCAGCUUCUCCUGGGAGGACUUCGCGCCGCCCGCCCCGCCGCCGCCUCCUCCCUCGCAGCAGCAGCAGCGGGAGCCCGCCGACGAGCGCGUCGCCGAGAACGGCACGCCGCCGCGGCGGCCGGUCCUCCGCGGCCUCGACCUCAACGCCGAGCCGGAGCCCGAGGUGCAAGCCUAGAGUAGAGCCGCACGGAUGACGAGGACGACCCCUGGCCUCGGCGCGCCCCCGCAGCUCGGCGUGCGCACGGACGGACGGACGCGCGCGCGCUGGCCGGCGGCGACACUCUCCAUGCUCCUCUGUACCACCGCCCGCCGCCCGGCCGGCGCUUAGCAAACUGAUCACCGUCAUCAUUUGUUAGUUACCUUACCAGUGGUAAUUCGGUAUGUUUAAACCAACAUUAGUACUGUAGUACGACUACUUACUACUUAAUUUCUUCAGAGACGUACGUGCACAUGGAAGGGUUACUGCUGUACCGUUGCUUCAUUAUUGGUGCCUGCUUGACUCAAAUGAUUUUCUAGCUUAAUCACAGCCCUAUUAUUGCCAAUGCUGAGAUCGGUAGUUUCAGUUUU